AUGAACUGGUUGGGUUCGGUACCUCUCACAAGGUUAAGAACCACUGUACUAAGGAGACUGAAUUGCAGGCAGACGCCGAAGAGAGUAGAGUCACUUAGCAGAGACGCCCACGCAGAGACUAUAAAACGUCAACGUCCUCCCCAACCUUCACACACUUCAACUGAACACCACGUGUACGACAUCGACGCUUAAAAAAAAUCUGUAAAACCAGUGGAUGUAUCCGAGGGGAAACAUUUCUUUCAUUGCAAAUUGGAUUAUUGCUACUUUUGUUAUCAAUGUUGGACUGCAACGGACAACGAAAUCGUGCGGUGUUCUACUCCUCUAUAAGUUAUAGCGGAAGUCAUGGCCCACACGAGCAUCAGCGUUGAGUCAUGCUAGCUUUGCACCACUCCAACUCUUCAUCCUCGCCACUCAUCCCUCGUUCGUCAAAUGGCAGCAGAGGGGAAGCAGUGCCCGGGGUGGCCCUUGAGAUGUCGCAGCGGGGAAACCUGACCGCCAGCGCUGUCAUGGUGGUGGUGUUGCCCAUGACUUUGGGUAUCGUGUCCAACAUCGUGGCCCUGUUCAUCUUGGCCAACGCCUACUGGCUCCAGCGACGGCGCUCCAAAGCCACAUUCCUCCUCUAUGCUACCUCGCUGGUAGUAACAGACUUCAUGGGCCACGUGAUCCCCGGUGCCCUGGUUCUGAAACUCUACCUCUCUGGAGGCGUGCAGCCGGAGGACUCCAGCGCUUCUGACGGCAUGUGCCAGUUCCUGGGAGGAAGCAUGGUGUUUUUCGGCCUGUGCCCACUCUUUCUAGGUUGCGCCAUGGCUGCGGAGCGUUGUCUGGGUGUCACCAAGCCCCUCCUGCACUCCUCCCUGGUCACAAGCACCCGCACUAAAAUGUGCCUGUCUGCGAUUUGGCUGGCCGCUCUGUGUGUGGCCUUGCUGCCUUACUUGCAGCUGGGCUCGUACACCUAUCAGGACCCGGGCACCUGGUGCUUUAUUCAAGUCCUCAGUGAUAUUCACGAGGCGGACGUGGCAUUUGUGCUGCUUUUCUCUGGGCUAGGCCUGAGCUCCCUGGCUGCGGCAGUGGUGUGUAACACCAUCAGUGGACUGACGCUGGUGCUCGCGAGGAUCAGGAGGAAACCUGGGUCGCAUCAUUCGGCCAAGUCGCAUGACAUCGAGAUGGUGGUGCAGCUGGUGGGGAUCACGGUCACUUCGUGCAUCUGCUGGUGCCCCCUGCUGAUCGUUGGCCUGAUGUCCGCGAUCCGCUCCUACACAGGAUCCAUUGGAGAGGACCUUCCCAACUACAAAAUACUACUGGUGAUGGGUGUGAGACUGGCCACGUGGAACCAGAUCCUGGACCCAUGGGUCUACAUCCUGCUGCGCCGAACCGUCUUACGGAAAAUCUACCUCAUUGCAAAGUGCCAAGCGGGCCAGGGGGGUAAUUUAUUCGGGUGUUUAGACUCUACAUCUCCUACCGAGUCAGAGAAGAAUGAAGUGAAUCAAGCCUAAACUGCUAAAUCUAAGAGUGCUCCAUUUGGAAGAAGAUGGUUUUGUUUCUCCAUCACAGGAAGUUUGACAGUAAAGGCCAACACAUUUUACAUUUCUUGGGCGUCAGAAUGUAAAGGAAAACUCGGAGAGGAUGCGACAACAAAAUAUUUACGCUUCGCAUGAUGUGGGAAAAUUGGGAUAUUCUUAUAGUUAUGCCUCAAAUUACUGAGGAUGUGCAGAACUUUAAAAAAAUGAGUAAAGCAAAUGGGUUGUGACAAAUGACUCUUUUUUUGUAAUUACUUUUGAUGAAUAAUUGCGCCAGAAUUGUAUGAGUCAUUGUAUUUGGCAAUUCUAAUGAGCAUAAUGUAACGGUGUCUUUUGGGCCAGCACUUCUCCUUUUACAACAUUUUGUGGAUACUGGCUAAAUUGUGUCUGGAUCUGUCAUGGCACAUGACGGCAACCACACAAAGUACUGUAUUAAUAUCAGAAAAACUGGAGCUCAAACUUAUCUAAGUUUGUGUGUGCAAAUUGGUAACGUGAUGUGCCUCAUUUCAAAUUGGUGGAAACCAUGACGGUUGUGCCCUCUAGGCUAAAGAUCCAAACUUAUUUGAGUAACUGGGUAAAAACUGAUCUGACGGUAGGGUGAGAAAAAGUAGAGAAAAAGUCUACUUGCACCAUCCGCAUAUACAUUUGUGUGUCUUUUGAGGAACUGAUUUUUUUUUUUUUUU